UCCGCUCGACCUACCCUAGCCACCCGAUUUGACUCUUUUAGCUUCUGUAUCUGUGAGAAAUGUAACGUUUUGUACGCUUUUUCGCCCAACAGCUUUUGACCCUCACGCCCAUGGGCCCAUGGCUUUAUAAACAGAACAUGCUCUUGUGAGACGGCAAGCGGGCAAGCCGCAAGCUGACCGCAUGUUACUGUGCUCGGUUGGUUCGGAUUUUGCGGGUCGCGAUGUAAACAUAGCCACCUAAUUCUCCGAAGUUGUCCCUCAUGGUGUGCGUUGCUGCUGCACUCUCCGACGAUGCAUUUGCUGAUCCGAAAGCUGACGGUGCACUGCGGGCGGCUCGGCGUCAGAACCAUCUUCAGCGUUUCUUCGGUUUGGGACCCCAAGAUAACGACGCAGACCAAAUUCAACAUCGAGGACUACUGGAGAGGCAGAAUCAACGAUGCGCCCAACAGGCAUCUGGACCCAAGCAAGAAGAUGUAUGUCUUGUCCAUGUUCCCAUACCCCUCGGGACAGCUGCAUCUAGGUCACGUGAGAGUUUACACCAUCAGCGACACGUACGCCAGACUCUACAAGAUGCUGGGAAAGCAUGUCAUUCACCCGAUGGGUUGGGACAGCUUCGGCCUUCCUGCUGAGAAUGCCGCCGUGGAGAGGAACGAAGAUCCACGGAAUUGGACGGAGAAGAACAUUGACUCCAUGAAGAAGCAACUCAAGGACAUGAACUUCAACUUUGAUUGGGAAAGGGAGAUCUCGACAUGCGACCCAAACUACUACAAGUGGACGCAGUAUCUUUUCCUCAAGCUCUACGAGAAGGGCCUGGUGUACAGAAAGAAUUCGGUCGUUCACUGGGAUCCGGUGGACCGGACGGUUUUAGCUGACGAACAGGUGGACGCGGAGGGCCGGUCGUGGCGAUCCGGUGCCAAGGUCGAGAAGAAGACUCUGCGCCAGUGGUUCGUGAGAACCACCUUCCUGUCCAAGGACCUGUUGCUCGGGCUGGAAGAUCCGACGUUACGAGACUGGGACGAAGUGCUGGCGAUGCAGAGGGGCUGGAUCGGCGAGUGCACGGGCUUCGCAUUCAGCUGGCCAUUGUACGCUGACGACGACGCCAGCAGCAGUCCCACGUCCGACUUCCUGCCGAUCUGGACCGAGCAUCCCGAGUUGCUGGCCGGAGUUGCGUUCGUGGCCGUGUCUCCCGACCACCUGCUCGCCGGCCUCUCGCCGGGGAAAUCUGGCUCGAAGUCGGCAAGGGGUCGGCCGGUGAUGUGGGCCGGGAAUCCGGUGUCAGGCCGACGCGUGCCGGUUUUGGUGUCGGAUAUGUUCGAGUAUCCCCGUUCGACGCAGUCGCACCUCGGAAUCCCAAGUUUGAGCAAGGAAGAUCAGGAGUUUGCCAAACAGCACGGCAUCGACACCAUCCGUGUGAUAGACGCCGACGACCAUCACCUCGUCAAUUCGGGAGAUCUGACGGGGCUGUCCCGCAAGGACGCCAGGGCAGAGGUAUGCCGUCGUGCACUGGAAGCCGGCCAGGGAGGCUACCCCUGCAGCCCCAUCCUCCGGGACUGGCUCAUUUCGAGGCAGCGCUACUGGGGCACCCCCAUCCCCGUGGUGCACUGCCCAUCCUGCAACGUGGUGCCGGUGCCAUACGAGCAACUUCCCGUGGAGCUGCCCCCGUUGGACCUAGGGAAGGCAUCCGCGCGGAGCGGCCUGUCGCCGUUGUCGGCCGCGACCGACUGGCUCAACGUGCCCUGCCCGAGGUGCGGGGAGCCGGCGCAGAGGGAGACGGAUACGAUGGAUACGUUCGUGGACAGCUCCUGGUACUACCUCCGUUUCCUCGACCCCGGAAACAAGGAGGCGCCGGUGGACGGAGCUUUGUCUCGCGACCUGCUCCCGGUCGACCUCUACAUUGGAGGCGUCGAGCACGCGGUGAUGCACCUGUACUACGCCCGGUUCAUGAGCCACUUUUUGCACUCGCUGGGGCUGACACGGCUGAAGGAGCCCUUCCAGCGGAUGCUGGUGCACGGCAUGGUGGUCAACGAGACAUUCCGCCUCAAGGACAGCGGGCAGUACCUGCCAAAGGACGCCGUUGAGCAGAAGGGCUCCAAGUUUUUUGAGAAAGAAACGGGAAAGCCGGUCAGCGUCGACUGGGAGAAGAUGAGCAAGUCCAAGCACAAUGGGGUCAGGCCAGAGGACAUUGUAUCGAAGUAUGGCAUCGACACGACGCGUCUCUUCAUCCUGUCCGCCUACUCCCCAACGUCGCGCUACAAGUGGCCCAGCGAAACCUUCCGGGGCGUCGUGAGCUGGCAGGAGCGGCUGUGGCUGACGGUACACGACUUCCGGAUGAGCGUGGAGCGCAGUCUGGAGGAGGCCCAAGCCCAGCCGGACUUUGCCGCCAGGGAGCGCUACUAUUACGAGGGUCGGAACUACACCGUCAAGAACGUGAGCUUCAAGUACAAUGUGACCAGGCAGCUGAAUUUAGUCAUCAAGGACCUGCAGAUCUACACGAAACACUUGCGGUACAAGAACCGGGGAGAGGUGGUGUUUGGCCGUCAGUUUGAGCGUGCCCUGGCUGCCCUCAUCGUGAUGCUGGGGCCCCUGGCACCCCACUUUGCCUCAGAGAUGUGGGCUGGGUUUGCAGACGCCGCCCGCUUCAGGGACGAGACUGGCUACUUCCUGGACAAGCCCCUGAUGGAACAAUCAUGGCCAGAGGUGGACAUGGACUAUAACUUGGACUUUCUAGUCAAGGAAGACGACAUGGACCUUUUGCGGAUCCAGCUCCCACGCUACCGCCACGACGCCCUUACCAAGGAGACUGCGUACCAGAUGGCCAUCGAGUCUGAGAGCCUGAGGCACCGCCUGCAGAAGUGGCCCAAGUUCCAGGUGGUCUUCGACCAUCAGCCAUCCUACAAGGCGGAGCUGCGCUUCAUCUCCCAGGGAAAGCCGUCUGCCGAAGUCCAGGAGCGGAGGCACGUGGCUUCAUCGCGGAAGGAGGUCGACUGACGUGCGUUGGACUUGCAGCAGUUGCUUCGACGCAGUGUGUCUCGUGACAUUUCACCUUCGUUAGUGAAAAACAAGCAGGCAGGAAGAAAUAAGGCCAUCCCUUGGUUCGUCUGCUCCUCGAGGUCGGUCGUCUGCUUCGAAAGGACUUGGAGGAAUCUGCACAUGCCUCUUAAAACUGUUGGUGUAGGAGGAUGGGUUGUACGAUACUGUAAAACGUAGGAAUAACUAAUAAAGAGUGUUUGUUGUACUUUGGACAACAUGCAUCAGAAACAAA